UGAGAAACUUCUACUUGGAAACGCUACUAAAAAGAACAAAUGACGGUGCACUAAUAUUUUGAAGUAAUUUGAAGGUUCAGGUUUGGUUGGUUUGCCCAGCAAAAACUGACAUUUCAGCUCGAGAGACAAUUUUUCUGACUAGAGAAUGUCAUUACAAUCGUUCAAGGCUCCUUCAUACAUGUACAUUCUACCCUGCUUGGUGUGCCACUGCUACUGACAGUCAAAGAUGAAGCUCAGACAAACUCUGGCUAGGAGUUGUAGAAAGCCGCAAAAUGGGCAAACGAACAUUGCUCGAAGCUUGAGACGAAAGAAGAAGACCAGUGGUUCUGCCUCUGACGAUGAUACUUCAUUUGAGGAAGUGACUCCUUUUUCUCCCAUGUGUGAUGAAAAUGACUACUCUGAUGAGGAGGAAAUCUUUUCAAGAGAGAAUGCGAACAAUGAAUCUGAUGAAGAAUAUGUCCCUGAAAUUAGCUCUCCUAAACCCGCUAAAACAAAAACAUCCAAUGGAUCUAAUACCACUAAAACCUCUUCUAAAGUAGGCAAAAAACAAAAACAGGUUAAUUUAAGUCAGACGUCAGAUGGACCCAUUGAUGUGGCAGAUUUGAAAAUGAUUCUUGGUAAUAUAGAAAUGGCAAGUUUCAAGGGAAUAUUGCAAGAAUUACCAGAGCACUUUGCUGACGAAUAUUGCAGAUACCUUUUCGCUCUUCAGGAAAAGAACUCAUCAUCACCUCAUCAAAACAUUCCUCAUUCACAACCUUCUGGUUAUUGUUCAAAGGCUUUCAUUUCAUCAAGCCACAAAUGUGUAAUUUGUGGCAAGAAAUUUAGCUCUGCAAGACAACUAAAGAGGCAUGUGAUUGCAGAACAUGAAACUCCACAGGGUUAUAAUUGUACCUCUUGUGACAAGCUUUUCAAAACAUUGGCCCUAUUCAAUCAUCAUGUAACUUUUGUUCAUUCUACUAGUCAUCAAUGCCUCUACUGUGAUGAAAGUUUUGAAGGUAUGCAGCGCUUAAACGAUCAUAUCAGGACUGCACAUUCUUGUAAACAUAGGUUUAUGUGCACUCUAUGUAAAAGGGGAUUUUCCAGAGGCUUUCAGUUGAUGAUGCACAUUAAUGUGCACACAGGUCUUACUCCUCAUAAAUGUAAACAAUGUCCUAAAGCUUACACAACAGCUGAUUCAUUGAGAGAACAUGAAAGACUUCAUUACAAGGACAAAUUUCAUUGCGACAAGUGUACUAAAAUUUUCCAUACGCAAAAGUUGUUAAAUUUGCACGCACUUUGGCAUGGAACAGAAAGGCGUUUCAAAUGUAAUGUUUGUGAGAGGGCGUUCAAAACACCCCAACAUUUGUUUAACCACCGGGCUACUCACAAUGAUGAUGCCCAUCAAGUUAAGAGACCACGAGUCAAAUCCAAAAAGCAUGUUGUGUCAAGUAAAGUUAAAGAAGAUGUGAAGAGUGAAAGUGGAGACAAUGUGACUUCACAGGACGAUAAGACUGAAUCAUUGUUAUUCUCAACUGAUAAUGAUCUCAAUCAGCAGCCAUUGAAUCUAGAGAAAACCAUAUUUGAAGACUUUGAAAUGGAGUGUGACAGUGACGAAGAUGAGGUUGUUUACCAACUCCUGUGAAGUAGCAUAAGUUUUCUUUGCUUAUGUUUCAAUUAAUUGGGUAAAUAAGUUGUUGAUCAAUUCAUGGGUUCUUUUAGUUUUUUAAAGUUUUUCUCAAGUGCUUAAAGUUUUUGAUUUUUAAGGUACAGUUCCAAUGUGUUUAAGUUAUACCAAUGAUAAUGAUGUCUAGUCUUUAUCAUAGCAUCUAGAAACUAGAAAGUUACCAUCUAAUAAAUGGCACUGGAUUUUUCUUUUAAUUAA